AUGUUUCGCGUCAGCUUGGUUUCCUCUCUGCGGCCUCUCACUAACCCCGUCCUCGUGCAAGCUGCACAGGGCGUACGGCUGACUUCGUUCCGUACCUUCAGCAGCUUCCGUUCAGCCCAUUUCCGCCCAAAUGUCCUCGCGGCACUCCGAAAGCGUUCACCCACACUCGCUACGGCCUCGUUCUUUGCAAACUCUUCUCGUACUCUUCUGACGGAUUCGGCGGCUGUGACCACCAGACCAAGCCAGGCUGAAGCAUGGAGGCGGUACGGGUUCACAGCGGCGACGGUAGCGGGAACAAUCAUUGCUGUUAAUGUCUUCUUCAACCGCGAGACGCGAGACUCACUCUCCCUCGCGGAGCGGAGCUACCUGCACGAAAGCUUUAUGUAUGCCGGAGGAGGUCUCGCCAUAACGGCACUGGCUGCUCGUUCGAUGUUCAAGUCUGGUUUCGCAUUCCGGAUCAUGUCGGCCAACCCUUGGUUGGUGCUGGGUGUCAGUCUCGCCGGCUCAAUUGGUUCCAUGAUGGGUGUCUUCUACACAUCUCCGGAGAACACGGUCCUGAAGCAUGCUUUCUGGCUGGGUUUCAAUGCCUGUCAAGCUGCCACACUUUCCCCUCUGUUCUUCUUGAGUCCGGCCAUUCUCUCCCGUGCAGCUCUCUACUCGGCGGGGGUCUUCGGCUCUUUGUCGUACGUCGGUGCCACCGCUGCCACUGACAAGUAUCUCUACAUGGGUGGACCCCUCUUGGCGGGCGUAACGGUUGUCGCUCUGUCGGCGCUGGCGCCCAUGGCUCUCCCUCUUGGCAUGCGGAGCUUGGCCAUUGCAGAGUCUAUCUCGCUUUACGGCGGUCUGGCAGUAUUUGGCGGAUUCAUUCUCUACGAUACGCAGAAAAUAUUGCAGCACGGUCGCAUGGCUCAUGUGGGCGCCGUGCCUCGCGAUCCCAUGCGUGAGGCUAUCAGUCUUGAGUUGGACAUGAUCAACAUCUUUAUCCGGAUCGUGCAAAUCUUGACCAUGCAGAAGAAGAAGAAGUGA